CCGCUGAAUCCGUAGAAGAAGAAAAACUAGCCAACCUUCCCGAGCGUCCACAUGUGACUGAACCAUGAACACAUGAACACAUGCUGAUUAAUGUCAGGAGAAACCUCUACGUGAAGUCUAAAGCCUCCACCGAGUCAUCGACUUCAUGUUUGAGAAGAAGACAGUGUUAAAAGAUGUUGAGUGAUUCAGAGGUUGCAGAGCUGCUCUCCUUCCUGAGCCCUCGAACACGACCUGAUGUCAAAGGUCAGGCCACGGGGUACAUCCUGGGACUGUCAGGAAACAGUGACGGCUGCCGCUUCUUCCGCUCUAAACCGGACCUCCUCACGGCCCUGUUCGCUCUGACCUCUGACCCCUCCAUCGCUAUCGUGAAGGACUGUUUCCACAUCUUCAUCAACCUGUCAGCUGACGAGACUCUGCACCAGGUUUUGGUGGUGGACAUCAAUGUUGUUCCAGUGUUGUUAAAGAACCUUCAGGAUCCCGAGUACCCGUUCUCUGAUCAGAUCUGCACCAUCUUAUCCAACCUGAGCCGAUUCGAGAAGACUUGCAAGAAGGUGUUCAAGAUCCUUCAGGAGGAGGCCGGUCUGGCUCAGCUGGUUGAGAUCUUCUGCACUGAAGGUUACAACAAGAAGGCCAAACUCCACUACCUUGGUCCUCUUCUGUCCAACCUGACCCAGCUACCCGAGACCAGGAGCUACAUACUGGACAAAGAGAGAUGUGUCGUCCAGAGGUUGCUGCCCUUCACUCAGUUCCAGGCGUCAGUGGUGAGGAGAGGCGGAGUCAUCGGAACCCUGCGCAACUGUUGCUUUGACCACAGCUGUCAUGAGUGGCUGCUGAGCGACGCUGUGGACAUCUUGCCCUUCCUCCUGCUGCCGCUGGCCGGACCAGAGGAGCUGACGGAUGAAGAAAACGAAGGUCUACCUGUAGACCUGCAGUACCUCCCCGAGGACAAGGAGAGAGAAGACGACCCAGACAUCCGGAAGAUGCUUCUGGAAACACUGAUCCUGCUCACAGCGACCAAACCGGGCAGGACGAUGCUGAAAGAAAAGAACGUUUACCCGAUCAUCAGAGAGUUUCACCGCUGGGAGAAGGACGUCCAUGUUGGAGCGGUGUGUGAGAAACUGGUCCAGGUGCUGAUUGGGGACGAGCCAGAGCAGGGAAUGGAGAACCUGAUGGAGGUGGAGAUUCCAGAGGACGUGGAGGAGAAACUGAAGGAGGCUGACGUCAGAGAGAAACAGGAGCUGGAGGAAGAGCAGGAGAGGAUGAGACAGGAGGAAGAGAAGGAGAAGGCUGCAGAGGGGACAGAGGAAGAGCAGGUGACUGGACUGAUACGAUGAAGGAGUCAGUGACGUCUCUGAGAUCAUGACGGGACACUUACAGGUCUGCAGAGGCCAGAGACGAUAUUUAAGACGACAGGAGGGUUUAAUGGCUCCGACAGACAUCAGCUCAAACCUGAAACACGUCAUUGAACGGUGUCAUCAUCCGUCUGAACUUGGACUCGUGUUUCAUAAUGUCUGACAGUUAUGAGAGAGCAAAAGUUUUAACUCCCGUUCAUGCUGUUAUAAUUCCUUAUCUGUCCCAAACCGUGAGGAGAGGAGACUGAGGGACGGACCUGACGGGAGAACAGGCUGUACCACAUGAGAAACUAUAAUGAAAGUGUGAUUGAUCAUCUUCUGUUCAAAUCCUGGGAUUUAUCUUAAAGAACAUUUUUGUAACUAUU